AUGAGUCAGUGUAUGGUUGAUAAGCCGAAUUCAUGGAACAGUAGAUCGGAUCCUACGAAACAGCUCUCAAGACAAUUCUACAACAAUAGAAGGCCACUGCUAUCAAGCCCUAUCAAUGCUUUUCACAAAGCCAUCACUUUAUGUUCAAAGAUUCGUAACAGCCCAGGUGUUCAUUCAAUUCAUCUUAUGGAGGCUUGUGGUUUCAUAUAUACAGGCACAGGAGACACAGCUCGUUGUAGCGCUUGUGGGCUUGAGAAAGAAAACUGGACAUCUGAUAGAUACCCAUUGACUGUUCAUUUAGCUGAAAGACCUGACUGUCCCUUUAUCGUUUCUUUAAAGUGUUCGAAACCAGCUACCCACGCUCCAUCACCAUCAUCAUCAUCAUCAUCGUCUUCGUCUUCGUUUUCAACUCAUCAUUAUUCUUGCUCUUCGCCAUCAGCAGCCACUAUUAGAAGUACCUCGAUAUCCAACGAGCAGGAAUAUCCAUCCAAACGGCUGAAAAUUGAAAUAACUGAUGCAACCUUUAGCGCAGCUGGCCUCUUCGAAACUGAUAGAAUUCAGGAAGUAAGAAAGCGAACUUUUUCGCAUUGGCCACACCGUAAUGGUCCAUCACAAUUACAAAUGAUUGAAGCGGGAUUUUUCAAUUGCAAUGUGGGUGAUAGAGUAAUAUGCAUUUAUUGUAAUCUUAUUUGUCAGCAAUGGACACCCAAUAUUGAUGAUCCAUGUGAAGUUCAUAAAACUCUUUCCCCAAAAUGUAUAUAUGUCAGAGCGAAAUUAUUGAUAAGCGAGACAAGGCCGCUACUUAUCGUUAAUGAAACUGUAGUAGGAGCGACUGUGGGCAAUCCCUCAUCAACAGCAAACAAUGAUCAGCAACUUCGCUACAACGAAUUUGUUCCCACAGCAGCAUGCAAUACUGCAUAUGCUGAACUACCGAAACGAACUGCAUCAUUUCUGUCAUGGCCGAAUGAGAAUUUGCCUCCUGUGGAUCAGCUUGUUCGAGCAGGGUUCUUUUAUACGGGUACUAAGACUAUUGUGACUUGUUUUUAUUGUAAUGGAUCAUUACAGAAUUGGGGAUCGAAUGACAAUCCCACGAUAGAACAUGCUCGAUGGUUUCCACAUUGUGCUUAUGCUAAACAAUUAUGUGGUGCUGAACUUUAUCGAAAAAUUCAAGAAUCUAAAAGAGCUCAACAAGAACGUGCCAAGGCGAAUGGAUCAAGAGAGACGGCAAGCUCGAGUGGUUUGAUGGGUGCUGCAGUAACUUCCAAUAGUCAACGGUUACUAAUACCUGAUGAAAGCACUUUAUCACGUCUUGUUGCUGCUCGACUAGAUCUACCGAUCUCACAAAGAUUAUUAGAUAAACAAUUUAAAUUAUCUAUUAUUAAACGUUGUUGGGAAGAUCAACUUCGACUAAAACACGAUGAUUUUGUAACUGAUUCUGAUUUACACACAGCUUGUAUGAUUCUUCAAAAACAAAUUGCGCAUAUUGAUGGAAAAAAAGAAAAUAUUGUUGUACCAAGUAUAAGAAUGAAAACAAUUCGAGAAGAUGCCGAACGAGCAAUAGCAGCAGCCACAUCUGGUCAACAGGCUAUUAUGGUAUCAAAUGCGUCUGUUCCGACUCAAUCGAGCUCGACUAUUUCACCCAGUGUUCCAGAUGUGGAAAUGACAACAGAAUUGGAGCCGCCAGGAAAUGUAUUAACAACCCCAAAUGAAUAUUCAUCACCAGCCACAGUACCUUCCAGUCAAGACAAAACAAGAGUAACGAAAUCAACUACUUUAAAUGACACUGAAAAACAUCAAACAAGGGAAGCAGUGCCAGUUAACCCAUGCGUGCUAUGUUCAAAAGAAGAGAAACGACUUGCAUGCAUACCUUGCGGUCACUUGGCAGCGUGUGUUUCGUGUAGUCAAUCUUUGCGAUCAUGCCCAAUAUGUCGUCGGGAAAUCGAAGCUUUUGUCAAGAUUUAUGUUUAG